GACGCAAUCACACUUUCAGAGUUUCAGCGUCGAGUCUGAGAUCAGCUCCUCCCACACUGUAAUCGUCAUCAGUGAAGCCCCUCCCACUGCAAUUCUCCAAUAAAUUCUAAAAAUAUUCCCUUCAAAUAUUUUACAAGUGAAGAUCACGAUCAUCAGAGCAUCAGGAAGAGCUGAAAUCUGCAAAUGCUGAGUUUAUUAAAGAGGACAGUGAGAACAUGAGUGAUCCAGAACCCUGCAGAAUGAAACACACUGAAGAUCUUGAAGAACAAAGAGUCCUGAGUGAAGUGAAGGAGGAGAGAGAAGAACUGAGUGAAGUGAAGGAGAAACAUCAUGUCAAACCUGCAGAAAAACCUUUGAGUCGCUCAAAGACUAAAAAGAUAUUUACCAAGAAAAGAAGAGCCAAGAAAUGCUUAAUGUGCACUCAGUGUGGAAAGAGUUUCUUAAACACACGUAAUCUUGAGCGUCACAUGAGAGUUCAUACUGGAGAGAAGCCGUUCACAUGUGAUCAGUGCGGGAAAAGUUACACAAGGAAAGAUAGUCUAGAAAUUCACAUGAUGAUCCACACUGGAGAGAAGCCGUUCUCAUGUGAUCAGUGUGGGAAGAGUUUCACAGCACAACCUCAUCUUAGCCGACACAUGAUGAUCCACACUGGAGAAAAGCCUCACACAUGUGAUCAGUGUGGGAAGAGUUUCAAAAACAAAGGUAGUCUUCAGCAGCACGUGAGAGUUCAUACUGGAGAGAAGCCUCACACAUGUGAUCAGUGCGGGAAGAGUUUCACACUAAAAGGAAAUCUUAGUCGACACAUGAUGAUCCACACUGGAGAGAAACCUCACACAUGUGAUCAAUGUGGGAAGAGUUUUGCACAAUCAGGACACCUUGAUGUUCACAUGAGGAUCCACACCGGAGAGAAAUCAUUCGCAUGUGAUCAGUGUGGAAAAGCAUUUCUCAGGGCAUCAAACCUGAAGGCACACCUGAUGGUUCAUUCGGAGGAGAAGCCGCAUUCAUGUUCUGAAUGUGGAAAGAGAUUUUCACUGCUGCAUAAUUUACAAUUACAUCAAAGAAUUCAUACUGGUGUGAGAGAGUUCAUGUGCUUUGAGUGUGAGAAGACUUUUAUUACAGAAAGCAGUUUAAAACUGCACGAGAGGAUCCACACCGGAGAAAAACCUUACAAGUGUUCACACUGUGACAAGAGAUUCAGUCUGUCAUCAUCUCUGAAAACACAUGAGAGGAUCCACACUGGAGAAAAACCUUACAAGUGUUCAAACUGUGACAAGAGAUUCAGUGAUUCAUCAGCUCUGAGAACACAUGAGAGGAUCCACACUGGAGAGAAGUCACACACUUGUGAUCAGUGUGGGAAGAGUUUCUCUUUUAAAAGUCCCCUGAACCUGCACAUGAAGAUGAUCCAUGCAGAGAAAGCAUCUGGUAGAAGAGGACCGAGAGAACGCCAGUGAUACCAUAAUACUGAAGAACUAAGAGACAUGAAGGACGUGAACAAGACAGGAAAAAAAGAAGCCAAAAAAUCUGUAAAUCUGUCACCACUUCGCUUGUAAAUCAAGUCUGAAGACUGGGAAGAAGCAGCUCAGAAAUCACUUCUGCUUCUCAUUCUGGAGAAAGAGCAUUUAACUGUGAUCAGUGUCGUAAACAGUUUCAUUGGGCAUCAGUCCUGAAGUCACUCAAAGGUGAAUAUUACAGGUAAAAGACACUGGGGUGUGUGUUUCAGUGCAGGAAGUCCUUUUCUACAGAAGAUGCGCACCAGAAAAUUCACACUGAAGAAGAGGCCAUAACACUUUUAAAGCUAUUGUAUACGAUGUUAAAAAUCGGUCGAGACGGUAGGGAAGUUUUAAAAAACUCAUCCCGCCCCCUCCACACACACCCCCCUCCCCUCUGUGCGACCUGAU